CAGCACUAAGAUCAAGCAAUUGAGGUUUAAAUGAGGCUUAAAUUCUGACUGAAACAUUUGAAUGCUAUGUAGGUGUGAGUAGACCUGCUGUGCUACAAUCCUUUUUAUGAUCUGGGAAAUAAAGAUGUUUGAUAUUGACCUUUAUAAUUAGGGCUUUAAUCAUUUCCAGUGUAAAUGAUUUGGGUAAAUAUCCAGUGUUUGGAGAAGCUUUGAUUGUUUCUCAGAUUUUCAGUUUGAAGAAACAUGUAGGUAAGAAAUUACAGCAACACUGAGCUUUCUAGAACUCAGGAGGCUCUCUGAACUGCCGAGUGGCCUCAUGACCUUCUGAUCAAAAUCCACAUUUUAACCAAGUGAGAAAUGGUAGUGAGGGUCUGAGCUGUGGAACUUCUGAAAAGGUGGUCAUGAUUUUAAAUCGCAGCUUUGCCAUUGAGUAAGAAUUUUACGCCUCAAAUUCUCUGUUGUUUAAAUGAUGUAGUUGAAGGUUGAUCUGGACAUGGGCACCUGUUUAAUGGCGUUAAUGUAAAUGUAAAUCACUGAGUUUCCAAAUCCUACUGUAGUUUGUGUCUAUUUGAGAGAGAAAGCUGUAGAAUUGACUAUUGUUUAGUAAUGAAUGUGUGUGGAGCAAUUCCCAAACUCUCACCCAGAUAAUCAACACUUGCACCACAAUAAACACCUAAAAAUCACCCCACAUGGUGCUGCUGAACAUGUUCCCCACAUGAACAGCCUAAAGAUCCAUGAGGUUUCUGCUGCUGCUGUUCCUGCUGUCUCUGUGUUGUAUCUGCUCUGUUCUCUUCUAGUCUCCAGGUCACUACACCACAGACCUUGUCUUUACAACAUGAAUUAAAUGCUAGUAAAAAUAAACAGAAACACAUUCUCAAAGACAACAGAGUGCUAAUAAGAGUGUUGAUAAGAGUGCUGAUAAGAAAUCCUUGAGAAGGUUCUAAAUAUAGACUUAUGAAAACUGGAGCAACAGAAAAUAUCAAUUUUCUGGACUCAAUGCUACAACACUGUGUCCAACUCCUGUCUGUUCAACAGCUGAAGAUCUGAGAAGCUCAGGACCUUCUGGAUCAUUAAUCCUGUAUUAUCAGGACUUUAUAGAACUUUUUGAUAGUAUCUGAUUAAAAAGAGAUGAGCUGAAUGACAUCUGUAACAGAAAGUGAUGACUCUUGUGAAGAGAUGAACUGGAUCAUUGUUCUAGUGGGCUUCAUGUCCAUAAACCUCUCAGUAUGUCUCAAAGAACUGGAAUAUUCCACUCCGAGGAGCUGCAAAGAGCUGAAACAAAGAUUUGAUUUCAAUACAGAUGGUCUUUAUUACCUGAGCACGGCGAGCGGUGUGGUGUAUCAGACUUACUGUGACAUGACGACUGCAGGAGGAGGAUGGACUCUGGUGGCCAGCGUUCAUGAGAACAACAUGUACGGGAAAUGCACCACCGGUGAUCGCUGGUCCAGUCAGCAGGGUGGAAGUCCAAAUGUACCCGAGGGAGAUGGAUCGUGGAGUAACACCGUCACAUUUGGCACUGCAGAAGCUGCAACCAGCGACGACUUCAAGAAUCCUGGGUAUUAUGACAUCACAGCGGAGGACGUGGCGGUGUGGCACGUUCCCAAUAACAAGAGAGUGGAUCACUGGAAAGUGAAAUCAUUCCUGCGCUACCACACAGAGACCAAAUUCCUCAAUAGCUAUAGAGGAAACCUCUACAAUCUCUUCAAGUUAUUACCAGUGAAGUUUGGUGUAGGAACCUGUCCUACUAACCACGGCCCCUCUGUCCCUCUGGUGUACGAUCUCGGAGACGCCACUUCCAACCAUAACCUGUACGGACCCAACAUCAGAGCACAAACUCAAUCCGGAUUCAUCACAUUCCGAGCCAUCAACACAGAAGGUGCGGCAAUGGCGAUCUGCUCAGGAGUCAAACCCACAGGCUGCCACAAUGAACACUGCUGUGUUGGAGGAGGUGGUCAUUUUCCUGAAGCGUCUCCUAGACAGUGUGGAGAUUUCACAGGAUUUGACUGGGACGGUUACGGCACUGGGGUUGGAUGGAGCGCCAGUAAGCAGGUGACCGAGGCGGCGGUGCUCAUCUUCUACCGCUGAUGGAGAACAUUCCAGAAUCAACUUCACACAGGAUCCAUUACUUAAAUCACACAUUAGUACAGUGUUCAUUACUGCAUACCUCUCUUGUGGUCUCUCUCUCUCUCUCUCUCUCUCACUUCUGAUUCAUUUGCAAAACUUUGUGGACUGAAUGGGCUGAAAAUUGUGUAGUUGUGUUUGUGGGUUAGUUGCCUUUAAUCCUGAUUUAAUGAAUUAAUAAAUCUAAGAGCAUUAA